UAUUUAUAAUGGAGCGAUAGAUGACAGCAUGAUUGGUAGUCGAUUUAUCUGUGUAAGAAUUGUUUCAUGGAUAUACAAGGGUAAAGUUGAGUUGCGCACGGUGUGUGCGCACUUAGGGAAGCACAGUCCACUGGCGAGUAGUAGUGGGGCUGCCCAGGAGAAAGAUGGCCGCCACCAGCGAAGAACCGAGUGUUAUGGAGCCCUCUCAGGCGAACUCCGGGCAAAGCCAGCCCGUCGAUCCGCUAAAGUUACUGUACCCGAUGGUGAACGAGGAGGAAACGCCGUUGCCGCGGUCCUGGAGCCCGAAGGACAAGUACAAUUACAUCGGCCUCUCCCAAAACAAUCUUCGUGUUCACUACAAAGGUUACGGAAAAACUCACAAAGACGCCGCGAGCGUGCGUACGACGCAUAGCAUACCGGCUGCCUGCGGUCUUUAUUACUUCGAGGUGAAGAUCGUGAGCAAGGGCAGAGACGGUUACAUGGGGAUUGGUCUUUCGGCCCACGGCGUGAACGUGAACAGGCUGCCGGGCUGGGACAAACAUUCGUACGGUUAUCACGGCGACGACGGGCACAGUUUCUGUUCCUCCGGUACGGGCCAACCGUACGGGCCCACGUUCACCACCGGCGACGUAAUCGGCUGCGGCGUCAAUCUCGUCGACAACACUGCCUUUUACACGAAGAACGGACACCACCUUGGUAUCGCCUUCACCGAUCUUCCGCCAAAUUUAUAUCCUACGGUGGGUCUCCAAACGCCUGGGGAGGUGGUCGACGCGAACUUCGGUCAAGAACCGUUCGUGUUCGACAUAAACGACAUGUUGAACGAGUUACGAGUAAAAACGAGAUUGCAAAUUAUAAAUUAUCCAACGCCGGAUCAUGGGCAGGGCCAGUGGCAAGCAGUUCUUCAUAAAAUGGUGUCAACGUAUUUGGUCCAUCAUGGUUAUUGUGCCACUGCCGAGGCAUUUGCCAAUAGCACCGGUCAGGGAUUCGAGGAAGAUCUUAACUCCAUCAAAAAUAGACAAAAAAUUCUAAAAUUGGUACUGGCUGGUAGAAUGGGCGAGGCGAUAGAGCUGACCAGUCGGCUAUACCCGGGUCUCCUUGAACGAGAUCCGAAUCUCUUGUUCGCCCUCAAGUGUAGGCAGUUCGUGGAGAUGGUGAACGGCAGCGACUCGGAGAUCACCCAGGUGUCGAACGUGAACCAGACGAGCGUGAUACAGUCGACAAAGUCGUACAAUAAGCCGGCUGCGAACGGGAACGUGGAAGAGAUGAACCUGAACAACACCAUGAACGGUUCCACCGAGCAGCAGAUGAUCAACGGGCAAAUCGAGAACGACGUGGACAUGGAGGAGAACAUGGUGAACGGCACCGUGAAGGGGAAUACCGAGAACGGUUAUCAAAACGGCGACCUCAACACGAACGGGUACAAAUGUCAGAACGGCGAAGACGUCGACAUGGAAACGAAUAGUGUAAAUCAAACUCAGCAGCAACAGCAGCAGCCACAGCAAAACGGUAGCUGCACCAUCGAGAACGGCACAUCGAAUAAUAAGAACAGCAGGAAACAAAUGUGCGGCGGCGACAAACAAGCGAUUGAGAAGAUGUUGGAGUUCGGCAGGCAGUUGUACUCACAGUCGAUACACUUGCGGCAGCAACACGGGAAGAACGAGAGCAACAAGAAGAUGCUGCAGGACGCGUUCAGUCUCCUCGCGUACGCGAAUCCGUGGAACUCGCCCGUCGGCUGGCAGCUCGAUCCGCAGCAGAGAGAAACCGUUUGCGCGAGACUCAAUUCUGCCAUACUCGAGUCGAGUAACUUGCCACGACGACCGCCGUUAGAAGUUGCCGCGUCCCACGCGAGGGAAUUGGUACGGCUAAUGUCUCACGCUGGUCUCGGGGCAUGCGGCUUCGCGGUCGUAGACAAUAUCAUCCAAUAUUGACGGUGCCUACCUCUGCUACCACGUCUGCUUCUUCUGCCGGCUCGAGUUCGGAUGUGGAUACGGAACGUGGAGCAGAUAAUACUAUUGCAGCAACAACUCCGCGACAUCGCGUGCCUCUUCAGCUAGAGUCCGACUCGUUAAGAGAGUCGACCCUCUGGCCCGAUCUCACACAUCUACACCCGACAGAACACACGCAUAUACACGCAACCGAGCGAAUUAAUUAACAACACACGCGCGAGACCCACCAAAAUGUACACGACGCGACGGGGACGAGAGGAUGAUCGCCAAAUACCAAUAGUAAUAAUAACCCGAGGAUCGUCGGGACGAGAUCGAAGUCAAACGGGAUCUUGGAGGUCUCGUAGAUGAAGAAGUCGAUCGGGGGAAGAUCAAGCGGACCGACGAGUUUCCAACGAACUGAUCGUUGACAAAUGGCAAACAGAGCGUGCCAGAGUAAACAGAGAUAAUUCGACGGGGAUCGCAAUCUCGAUCGUUGAACACGUGAUUUCCGGGGAGGAGAUACGAUCGAAGAGGAUCCAAGACCCGAGUAAAAGUCGAGGACGACGAACACCUGCCAAGACGAACCUUUUCUCGUUUCCUCUCUUUAGAACCCUGUUUUCAAAUCUUCGCACCGUCAUCUCGAGGUUGUUCCCUCGUUCCCAUACAAUCAGAGUCGGCAGAGUUCUAACGAAUCGUUUCACGCCACGGGACGCGCCCUCCGCGUUUUCUCGCCUAAUUUAGGACCACAGGACGACGAACUCGCCGCAUCAGGUAGGUUUUUAAUCCCUCCAUAUUCAUUUAACAUUCGUUUCACCUCUCCGCCGUCGCCGAUUUUCUUUUUACACACAUCGUUUUUCGGCUCCGCGGUUCCGUUCGCGCCAGAGAAGUAUGUAUAGGGGAGGCAUUUUCAAAUUGUCUUACGCGUGUCCAUUUGCUUAUUCUAAGGACAAUUUGCUUGUGAUCGGUCUUGGUAAUUAUAAGUCUUUAGCAAACGUGCCUGUUUCUAUAUUAAUUAAUUAUGUAAAUAAGGGACUUCAUAACAGACCUUCACGAUUGCUACUAGUUGUAUAAGAACGUUUAAUUACCAUUAGCGUAUAAAUAUCUUGAAAAAUCGUCUGUGGGAAGUGAGAAUUAUUUUUUCUUGUUAUCUUUAAAUAUUAUAUAAAAAAAAGGAACAUAAAUUUCGUUCGAAAUUGUUUUAUGAUAUUUUGUACAAAACUUAUUAUCUGUUAAUGCUUGAAUUGCCGUGAAAUAUAUUGAAAAUUUAAGCAGAAUAAUAUUUUAGUCUUGCUCGAAUUGUCUUGACGACAGACAAAAAUGUUGCCUCUAUAUAUUUCUUCCAUCCAAGCCCUCGUUUAGUCGAAAUUUGUUUUCUCCUUCCUGCCACGUGUAAAAUUUUUGUUACUCAGAAUUCUACGUGUCUAUAUUAACUAUCAAAAUGGACUGUUAAUUGUAGUGGUGUCAAGGAAUAAUAAAAUUUCUAUGUUAAUUAUUAUAAAAAUUGUAUACUCAUAAAAACGCCUUCCGACGAAUAAGUUGUAUUAUUCAUUUUUGAUUAUGAAAUUAUAUUAAAACAAUUGUUUAUACCACUAUGAUUUGCAACCAUCCAUUUAUUUUUGUUUCUCGUCCAAAGAUAUUUUAAUCUGAUAGGCAAUUUGAUUUUUUAAAAAAUGAUUCCGGCCCACGAUUUUAUUUUGUCAACACCUCAUCUCCCUCUCCUUUUGCUAAUCGUUCAGUCGCAUCAUUUCGUAAAAACUAAGAUUAGAGAAUCAUCGACCGAUCAAUUAAUUAACGAGAAAAGAGCCUCGUCGCGUUAAACCAUACGAGAACUUGGAUUAAUCGGUCCCUCGACGAUUAUUAUCCAUGACAUAGCCUUUCUUAAUUAAAAAUAAUAAUCGUAACGUCAACGAGUCGAUUUUUGUAUCAAUUGUUAGAUCUUAAAUAAUAAACAAACUAAACGAGGAAAAAAAGAUUUACUAAUGAAUUG